CGCGCACACACACACUGGCUUUCACACACGCACGCACCGUUGACUGUAGCUACCAAGUUAACACCGCGGCGUAAAAUUUGUCGUUGUAUUAUAAUCAGAGGCACUAAAAAUGAGCGAUAACGGCAAAGGUUACGGCGACCGGGAGUCUCGCUCCCGAUCCAGGAGUGUGAGUCCACGGGGCUCUGGGAAGUCAGCGAGCCGCUCCCCAGCUCGGUCGCCUGCCCGCUCAAAAGAAGGCUCCCGCCACUCCCGCUCUAAGUCUCGGUCUCGAUCCAGGUCAAAAUCUGGGUCCCACUCCCACCGUGGCUCACGGAGACACUAUAGCCGAUCUCGCUCCCGCUCAAGGUCCUACCGUCGCCGAUCUCAUAGUAGGUCAUACAGUGGAGAGCGCCGGCGCAGGAGCCAUAGCCGCUCACCGAUGUCCAAUCGCCGUAGGCACAUUGGCAACCGUGCCAAUCCAGACCCCAACGGUUGCGUGGGAGUAUUUGGCCUGAGCUUGUACACCACAGAGAGGGAUCUGAGGGAGGUCUUCUCCAAGUACGGCCCCCUGGCAGAUGUCUCUAUUGUGUAUGACCAGCAGUCGAGGCGCUCCAGGGGCUUUGCUUUCGUCUACUUUGAGAACACCGAUGACGCUAAAGAGGCAAAAGAACGAGCCAAUGGCAUGGAGCUGGAUGGUCGUAGGAUCAGGGUGGACUUCUCCAUCACCAAAAGACCUCACACUCCAACUCCUGGAAUCUACAUGGGCCGGCCCACAUACGGUGGAGGGGGUGGUCCAAGUGGUCCUCGCCGCAGUUCACGCGACUAUGACCGUGGAUAUGACCGCGGCUACGACCGUGGAUACGACCGAGGUGGUUAUGAUCGCUAUGACGACAGGGACCACUACAGAUCAUACAGAAGGCGAUCUCCAUCCCCAUACUACAGAGGGGCUUACAGGUCUCGGUCCAGAUCGCGGUCUUAUUCUCCCCGUCGCUACUGAGCGUCGCUGUCGAGCCCCUCCUCCUCCCACACAGGGACAGGAAAUGUUUCUGAGUGGAAUGGUUGAUUUCAGAGUUCUUUCUUAAGGUGAUCAUCACACUUGUGUUUGCUGUCGUACAUGACCAGUAUAUGUAUACUGAGAUCAGUUUUGAAGCAGUGUCAUUUGACGUUACUCAAGCUGUCCCCUCAUGUUUUUAAUUUUAAAUGUAUUGGCACAUCUGCCGUGAAAAAUAUGUUAAUGUUUUUAUUAAUGUAUUUUUUGUAUACAAAUUGAGUGAAAGUCCAUCUUUGAACAGAUUAAACCGAAAAUGAUUUUUUUUUUUCACUUUGACUCAUGUCCUUCCUUACAGCACUACAUAUACUUUAAUUUCCUGCUGCAAGGCUGUCAUAAUAGACAAGGAUGUUGUAAUGCUUCAUCUUAUCAGAUUGCUAUUUGCUGAUUUCUACAGAAUUUAUCUCAAUUUUGACAAUAAAAACUGUAAGUGCG